AUGGCUGCCAGCGACUCUGCUGCCGCUCCUGCCGUGUCUUGUACUGCUGCGGCAUCCCUCCUCUUCUUCAUCGUGGCUUUGAUAUUGGCAUGCUUCGCCGGCACUUCCAUCGCUACCUUCUUCACUUCCGUCGUCGGCGGCAUCAUCGUCGCCGCUGUCUGGCUGGUCCUCUUCUUCGUCGUCGAUCAUGUGAUCCUGUAUCAGAUCGGUGAAUUCUACCAGAAGGGCCGGACGUGCGUGAUGUACGGAGGAUUGAGUGCAGGUAGGGAGCUGGUGAUGCCGAAAGCCAUGACCACGCAGGCGACGGUCUUUUGGCCCACCGUCGUGGGCUCUCGCGUCUCAGAUUUGGGCCUCAGACAGCAAAUCGUCUGUGUGGUACAUGCAUGUGGCUAUCGCGUAAUGAAGAUGCAGGCGAGUCAUCCGAGCGUGCGUGCUCGGCAAACGACGUCGCGCCGUACCGUUGCCGCUGCCGUUCUCUCCAUCGUCCUUAUUAUCGCUGUCGCUGGAAUCUUCAUCUCCCCCUGGUACGCCUCUGCCAUCGCUGCGUUCGCCGUCGCCGACCUGGUCCGCUCCCGCGUCGCCUCCACAAUCGCCGCCUCCGCAUUCGAAGACGCACUCACAGAGGGCUGUUGA